UUGGAAAGGGGUACACGUGGAACCGAAGAGACCUUGAAAUGCAAACUUCAUGGCUUCCAUCGAAGGGUGUGCAUUCGAUAAUAACCAUGAUGCAGCUGUACCUCACAGAACAGAAACCCGGUGGCGGAGAUAUUGAUGAUUCUUGACAUCCUGACCCCCUAUCAGCUUAGCAAUGUAUAUGACAGUCCCUUCAAACAGGUCCAGCAUUGUGAACUCCAACCCCCCUGCCCCAAAACCUCAGCCUGUAUUGAAACCCUUCAACCCUUCCCUGCCGCGUCAAGCCCCGUUUCAUUGCCUGAAACAUGAUAGUGUGUUUGCAGUGUGGGCCCCACUAGCAGCUCCCAGCUCUGAGGGUUCUGCGCCUCCCGGCUGCAAAGGGCGUCCCCCUCCAGUAACACCGCAAGAAAGCGAAAGUGAAAGGAGCAGAGGCCGAGAAACGAAACUCUUUCCGGCUGAAGGGGGAGGCAGAUUGCGUUGACUCUAUCUCCGCUGCGAGAGACGGGAGGUUGCGUCUGUGAACACUGACUGUUUCCUCAUUUCACUGCUGAAAGUCUGACUGAGAGUCGCCUGCAGAGACAGAAUGCAAAGUCAAAUCCAGUGAUCCUUUGUCAGAAGGAUCAGAAAGUGCCUCUGGAAGAAAUGGCAACUUCAGGUCCUCCUUUAUACAAAGCUGUGGAGCAACUCCAGCUGCACGCAAAUAAAAUUGGAAAGACUUUGGAAUGGGAAUGCAAACAGUUUGGGCCCCCUCACGACAUUGUGUUCAUAUUCAAUGCAGUGAUUGAUGAAGAAACAUUCCCAGAAGCCAAGGGGAAAACCAAGAAGGAAGCUAAGCACAAUGCUGCCAAACUUGCUCUGGAGAAAUUGAACAUUGACUUGACUGAUGGCGGUAGUCUUCGAAUAUCUCCUGCCAGCAUGGGAAACUACAUCAGCAAGCUCAACGAGUAUGGGCAGAAGAAAGGCAUACAUCUCGAGUACAGGUUUAAGCAACUGGACACAGGCAUGGAUCACGUACAAAAGUUUGCAUGCAAUGUUUUCAUGGACAAAAAAGAAUACCCAUUAGGCUAUGGUCGAAACAAACAAGAAGCCAAGCAUGAAGCUGCACUACUCGCCUAUGAGGAAAUUUCUGAACUUCCGUCACUUUCUGAGAAUGUGAGAAAACUCAAUGUUGAAAAUGAAGAACAACACAAGAACGCUGCAGAAGACUCCACCGACCAGAAUCUCAAAAGGUUCAUGGAAGAUCACAGUAGUGAGCUCGAGAAGAGUGAUGACGAGUUCAUUUCCACAGUCAGUAUGGAUCUCUCCUGUAGCUCGAAAAAUGCCAUCGGAGAGUUGAACGAGUAUUGCCAAAAACGGGAUUGGAUCUGCAAGGUUGUGGAAGUGGCUAAACGCGGGCCAUCUCACACUCCAGAAUUUACUCUGAAAUUUGUAAUAAAUGACAGAUCUUUCGCAAGUGCUUCUGGAAAAAACAAACAAGAGGCCAAACAGAGAGCUGCUGUUUUUGCUUUGAAUGAACUGCAGAAUGAAUCAAACAGUAUUUCACAAGAUGGAUUUUCUUCAAAGGAUUCUGAAAAGUCGGAUGGUUCCAGCUUCAUUUUGUUCAUGGACUCCAAAGAAGCACCUCAUUCUCGUGCAAUGGAUUCUACUACUGGAUCCAGAUCAAAACGCAUGAGGCCAUUAGCACCAAGCUUUUCUCGUCUGAGCACGGAAACAGAUUCUGCAUCUUCUCAGAUGAACAAUAAAAAUGGACAAGUUCAAGGCCUGGAAAUGAAAAUUGACGGAUUUUCAGAGUUUGAAGAAAUUGGAGGAGGAGCCUUUGGCCAUGUUUACAAAGCUAAGAACAAUGUUGAUGGACAGUACUAUGCCAUCAAGGAAGUCUUAAUGCAGAAUGAGUGAAACCAAAACGU